AUGGAUUAUGAUGACAGUGAUUUUGAAAGCCAUAAUCUCCAUUUAGCUGGUGAAGGGAGCACUAAAUUUCCUCCGGUAUUAAGACCACCAUAUGCUCUCCCUAAGUUUGAUUUUGACGAAAGCCUUCAAGCAAAUUCAAGAUUUGAUAGUUUGGUUGAAACUGAAGUUUUUCUUGGCAUUGAAAGUAACGAAGAUAACCAGUGGAUUGACGCAUUCUCCCGUGGCGGUAGUAGCAUAGAGUUCAACUCAACUGCUGCUGGAUCUUGCUCUAUAUCAAGGUAUGGCAAUGUGUGGUCUGAGGCCACUUCCUCAGAGUCUGUCGAAAUGCUCUUGAAAUCUGUUGGACAGGGGGAGUAUAUUCCUAGGCAAACUGUUAUUCAGGAAUCAGAUGCUUGUGAUGAACUGGCCUGCUUAGCUAAGCAAAUGGACUCCAAUCCAAAACCUGAUGAUAGAAAUGAAUUUACAGAUAAUGUUACAGAUUUACAACCACCUGGUGAUACUCAUAUAAGUUUUUCUGGAUCGGAGAAGCCUGCAGGAAUUGAACAUUCUCAGACUGGAAUUUCCCAAAGUCACGAAGGUGAAUUAUCAAUUGAGGGAAGUUCAGGUAUUCUGGAAUCAAAUGAUAUGUUCCAAAAUAUUGACUUGCCUAUGUCUGAGCAUAGUCCAACCUUCUUUACCAAUGAUAAAUUUAACAUUACUAAUCAAAGAGAAACUCAGACUGUGGCUGAUGACUCAGAUCAUUGUGAAACUCAUGAUUCAUCAGCACUUCUGGUGGAAACUAAUAUUACUGAUUUAUCUAUUCAAAAUAUGGUGGAUGAGAAGCAAAGUCCUCAACAAACUGAAAGUAAUAAUCAAAAUUCGGAAUCUUCUAUGAUGAAGGAGGAAGCUGUUGUAGACACACUGACUCUGGAUCAAAAUGCAGUUGAUGUUGAUGCACAUCAUCCUGAUAGAUCUAUUUUUGCAAUAACCCCGCAAGAUUCUUUAGAAGGAGGGAGUGUAGUUAAAGAACUUGAUGCCGAGUUAAGUAGUUUAGAGGAUUCCAUGGGAACAAGAACUGUUGCAGUUUCUGACAUGCAGAAAGAAGAAAGGCGCAGUGAAGAUGCCAAAGCAAGUGAAAAUUCAGUCUCUUUUAAAAAUACGGUGAUGGAUGAUCAGUCUAUAUCAGAUACACAUACAUCGCCAAUGGUUUCAGCUAAAGAUGAUCUUGUCUCUGUCGGGCAGGUAGUUGAGGUAAGCAAUUACAGUUAUGAUGUUUAUCCUAUUCUCCAGCAAACUAUAUCAGAUACUCGUACAUCGCCAAUGGUUUCAGUUAAAGAUGAUCCUGUCUCUGUCGGGCAGGUAGUUGAGGUAAGCAAUUCCAGUUAUGAAGUUUGUCAUAAUCUCCAACAAACUAUGGAUGUCACAGAGAAGGAAACUUACAGUGUGAGCAAUGUUCUUAAGGAAAACGAGUCAUCAAACAUUGGAGGUGACCGUAUGGAUACGGGGAUUUUAUCAAGCAAGUCAGAGGCAUCUAUGUUUCCUGCAGAGGAAAAUAUCAUUUCUGUUGUUAGUGAAGGAAAUAAUGAAAGCAGGGUAGGAGAUUUUUCCGGUUUCAGUUUGGUGACUUCUUCAACAAACUCUUCCAUUGUGAGUUUGUCAACUCAAAUACGUGUAAACAAUGAAUCUGAUAAGCAAAGUGACCUAGACAAAUUUGGCCAAGAUGUUUCUGUCAAUGAUGAAGGGAAUACAAAUGUUCGUUCUGAUUCUAGCCAAAUGCAUUCUGAUGUUGCCAAAUCCCAUCUUUGUGAUAAAGGAGUUGUUUCAUCACCUCUUAGUUUAAGUAGCUUGGAAUCUGAGUUGACAACUUCCACUGUAUCAAUCGACGCCAAACCUGUCAAUAUUUCAGCUUCACAAGUUAUUUCAGAAAAUAUUAGUUUGACAUCCUGUGAGAUAAUGAAUAAUCCACCUCCUAGUGAAUCUGUUUCAAUUCAUGGACCCACUGGCGACAACGAUCCUCAAAGGGUAACUACUGUUGAAUCAUCUUCUGCCGAGGUAAAAGAAGAAAAUGCAAUGAAAAUAACAGAGGAAACUGGAAUAUCAGCUCUUGUUGGGUCUUCUGAACAGGAAACUGCUCCUUAUCCUCCUGUCAAGGAAAUAGAAAAACUUCAUCCUUCUGGUACUUCUGGACAUCUGAUCAGUCACAGUAUGCUUGAUGUUGGAACUCAUGGUGCUGCAAUACUUGGUGAACCGCAAAGAACAAUAGAUGAGAAGGUUACCCAGGAAUGCACAAAAGAAGUUAGCGUGCCUCCAGUACUAUGUGAAUCUUUAGAGACACAGAGUGCUGGGGUCACCAUUUCUGUUAUUAAUAACAACAAGGAGAUUUUACAGGAGACUUACGACAAGUCAUCUCCGAAAGAGUUAGGUGACAUUUUACUUGGGAACAAAGAUUCCAUAUCUUCUCCUUUGCCCGACUCUCGUGUUGAGUUACCUGAGACUGGAAGCUUUCCUGCCAGUGGUAUUUGCAGUCCCUCUAAUACAUUCAGAAGCCCUUCUCAAACCGAAAAGGAGGAAAAUCAAGGUAAGGCUUCUGCUAGUACAUUCAGAAGCCCUUCUCAAACCGAUAAGGAGGAAAAUCAAGGUAAGGCUUCGGCUAAUCAGAAUCCCGCGGAAUCUGUUUUAAAAAAUAGUGGCAUACAUAAUACAUUGUCGACUGCCCAAGUUCUAAAGAGGGAUACUGUAUCUAAAGAUGAGAGAAGCCCAUCUCCUGAGAUAAAUGUUGUGGUUGAUUUAUCCAAAAUAAACACAGCAGAUUUGGAUACAGAUGUUAGCAAGAGACAAUCAGCCCUUGUCAUCACAACCAACAAUCCAUCAAUAGCUUUGGCAGAAUCUCCUUCAACUUCUGGGCCAGGAUCUUCAAAAACCAAAACUGUAGCAAAUGUUUCCCAUGGAAGUCCACAGAUAUCGGAUGGAGAAGUGGCUUUUAGUGCUUCUAAAGCUACGCCUAAGCGCAAAGCUAGACAAUCAUCUAAUAAGGCAGCUGGAAAGGAAUCUGCUAGAAGAGGAGGUCGUGUGAAAAAUGCAAGCCCUGCUAUACAGUCUGAAAAAGGUGAUAUAUCAUCCAAAGUUUCCCAUAGCCCAUCUCCUGGUUUCAAACUGAUGCAUUCAACUGAGGUUCAACAGUAUGGGCACGCAGAUUCCAAUAGUGCAAAGACAUUUUCUCUUGUAAAUACUUCAACAUCAUCUAGCCUUCCAGAUUUGAACACUUCUGCUUCUUCACCUGUCUUGUUUCAUCAGCCUUUCACAGAUCUGCAACAAGUACAAUUGCGUGCACAGAUCUUUGUCUAUGGAGCAUUGAUUCAAGGAACGAUACCGGAGGAGGCACAUAUGAUAUCAGCUUAUGGGGUGACAGACGGUGGAAGGAACAUUUGGGAGAAUGUUUGGCGUGCCUGCAUGGAAAGGCAGCAUAGUCAAAAAUCUCAUCACGUUACCCCAGAAACUCCUCUACAUUCACGAUCUGUUGCUAGAACACCUGAUAUGUCAGUUAAGCAAAGUGAACUUCAAGGGAAAGUUACCUCUUCGCCUCUUGGUAGAGCUAGCAGCAAGGCUACUGCGACUAUUGCUAACCCCCUAAUGCCUCUGUCAUCUCCUCUUUGGAGUCUACCAACUCUCUCUUGUGAUUCACUGCAAUCUAGUGCUCUUGCAAGAGGUUCUGUUGUGGAUUAUUCCCAGGCACUUACUCCGUUGCAUCCUUAUCAAUCUCCACCUCCGAGAAAUUUUCUUGGGCAUAGCACUUCUUGGAUAUCCCAAGCCCCACUUCGUGGACCAUGGAUUGGUUCUCCAACUCCUGCGCCUGACAACAGCACUAAUAUUUCUGCAUCUCCCACCUCAGAUACAGUUAAGUUAGGUUCAGUCAAGGGAUCUUCUUUGCCUCCUUCCUCAAGCAUAACAAAUGUUACUCCUGGUCCUCCUGCCUCUAGUGCACGCUUACAAAGUAUUUUUGUUGGGACUGCUUCUCAGCUUGAUGCAAACAAUGUGACAGUACCACCUUCUCAGCAUUCUUCAGACCCGAAGCCCAAAAAAAGGAAAAAGGCUGUGCCAUCUGAGGAUCUUGGUCAGAAGUAUUUGCAGUCUCUGACUCCAGUGGUAGGUAGCCGUGCAUCUACCUCUGUUGCUGUUGCGACCCCUGUUGGCAAUGCGCCCAUAUCCAGUGUUGAAAAAUCAGUUGUGUCUGUAUCUCCUCUAGCUGAUCAACCGAAAAAUGAUCCUAGUGUUGAGAAGAGGAUUCUGUCGGAUGAAUUUCUUUUGAAAGUUAAGGAGGCUAGGGUACAUGCAGAGGAAGCUUCUGCUGACUCUGCUGCUGCAGUGAAUCAUAGCCUUGAGUUGUGGAAUCAGUUGGAUAAGCAUAAAAGUUCUGGAUUUAUGUCAGAUAUUGAGGCCAAAUUAGCUUCUGCAGCAGUAGCAGUUGCAGCUGCUGCCGCUGUUGCAAAGGCAGCAGCUGCCGCUGCUAACGUUGCAUCAAAUGCUGCAUUUCAAGCAAAAUUGAUGGCUGAUGAAGCUUUGAUUUCAUCUGGCUGUGAAAAUUCCAGCCAAAGUAACAAAGUUUUCCUUUCCGAGAGUACUAGUAACUUGGGACAAGCUACGCCUGCUUCCAUUCUGAAGGGUGAUAAUGGCCCCAAUAGCCCUGGUUCUUUCAUUGGUGCUGCUAAGGAAGCUAUUAGGAGGAGAGUGGAAGCAGCUUCAGCUGCCACCAAAAAAGCUGAAAAUAUGGAUGCCAUUUUAAAGGCUGCUGAGCUUGCAGCAGAGGCUGUAUCUCAAGCAGGAAAAAUUGUAACAAUGGGCGAUCCUUUGCCAUUAAUUGAACUGAUUGAAGCUGGCCCAGAAGGAUGUUGGAAAGCAUCCCGAGAGUCUUCUCGGGAAGUUGGACUAUUGAAAGAAAUGACCAAAGAUCUGGUGAACAUUGACAUUGUCAGAGAUGUUACCGAAACUUCUCAUGAACAAAACAGAGACAUUUCAUCUAGUGGAAUUUCAUCAUCUAUCAUGAUCAAUGAAAAUAAUUCAAGAGGACAAAAGGCACGCAAUGUUUCUGAUUUAGUGAAGCCUGUUGACAUGGUUCCUGGAUCUGAGCCUGAAAUACAGGCUCCUUCUCUCACUGUUAGAAAUGAAUCUGAAAAUCUUGAGGAAACUAGUUUCAAGGAGGGCUCACUUGUAGAGGUCUUCAAAGAUGAGGAAGGUUAUAAAGCUGCUUGGUUCAUAGCCAAUAUUUUAAGCUUGAAAAAUGGUAAAGCUUAUAUAUGCUACACUUCGCUUGCAGCUGUUGAAGGGCCUUUAAAGGAAUGGGUGUCACUUGAAUGUGAAGGAGACAAACCACCCAGAAUACGCACUGCUCGCCCUCUGACUACUUUGCAACCUGAAGGAACAAGAAAGAGGCGCAGAGCAGCUAUGGGAGAUUAUGCUUGGUCCGUUGGGGAUAGGGUUGACGCAUGGAUACAAGAAAGCUGGCGGGAAGGAGUAAUCACAGAGAAGAAUAAGAAGGAUGAAACAACUUUAACUGUCCACAUUCCUGCCAGUGGAGAAACAUUGGUUCUUAGAGCUUGGCAUCUCCGCCCGUCCCUUAUUUGGAAGGAUGGCCAAUGGGUUGAAUUUUCUAAGGGGGCAGCAAAUUCUAUGCAAAAGGGAGAUACACCACAUGAAAAGCGACCUAAGCUGGGUAGUAGUGAUGCAGUAGAUGUGAAAGGGAAAGAAAAGAUGUCAAAAAAGGUUGAUGUUGCAGAGUCUACAAACCCUGAUGAUUUAGAGUUGCUUAAUUUGACUGAAAAUGAGAAAGUCUUUGACAUUGGUAAGAACACGAGGUCUGCCCUUCAAAAAGAAGAAUCAAAAGUCAUUUUUGGAGUUCCUAAACCUGGCAAGAAAAGGAAGUUUAUGGAAGUGAGCAAGCACUACGUUGCACAUGGGAGCAGCAGAAAUGAUUCAGCUAAAGAUGCUAAUUCUUCAAUACCUCAAGGUUCAGAACUCCGAGGAUGGAGAAAUAGUUCAAAAAAUGAUACUAAAGAGAAAUUUGGAGCUGACUCCAAACCCAAGACUAAAUUUGGAAAACCGCAGGGUGCUUUGGGUAGAGUGAUUCCACCAAGAAAUCCAUCUGUAUCCAAUACAAAAAUGGCCAAGGAUUCUUCUAAUCAUUUAAAAAAUGCUUCAGAGAGUGAAGGUCAGGUUGAGAGAGCACCCUCCACGACUGAUGGAGCCACACAAGUACCAAUCGUAUUUUCAUCUCUGCCAACUUCAACGGAUACUCUUCGUACUAAGAGGACACUCACAUCGAGAGCGAGUAAGGGAAAACUUGCACUUGCUGGUGAUAAACUGCGAAAAGGUGGUGGGGAAAAAGCUUCAAUUGACAAACCCACAAAAUCAACAUCUGAAUCUGAUGUCCAUGAGCCACGGAGAUCUAAUCGCAGGAUCCAGCCAACCUCCAGACUAUUAGAAGGAUUGCAGAGUUCCUUGAUAGCUUCAAAGAUUCCUUCAAUUUCACAUAACCGUAAUAUUCCUAAGGGUAAUAAUCACCAGGGUUGA